AGUCUCGAUCGGCCGUCCGCGUAGUCGCUCAACGGCAGUCGUACACGUCCGACGUUCGCUCCGCACGUUCAACACGCGCGCCAUCACGGUGUCUCUGUUUGUCAAGUCUCGCGCGUGUGUUUCCUUACGCCGCCGAAGUCGUGUGUUUCUCGCCGCGCCACACACAUGACACCGUUCGUCCGUGCGUUGAUCGCGUGUUCGUCGUCGCCGUCGUAUUCGUCUUAGUGUUUUAUUUUUUUUAUGUUUUUAAUUUAAUCGCGUUUUACUUGCGUUAGUUAUAAUAAUUAUUUACGUUUUUAAUUUUUUUUUUUCCGUUUUUUUUUUUUUUUGUUUUUAUUUGCGGUUUACGAAGAUUUUUGUGUUUUUUCCGUGUGCUUUUCGCGUGGAUGACAACGCUCUGAUUCGGUCGCGCAGCUGCCGACAUCGCUCCGACGCCGCCGCCGCACCACCGCCGCCGGCCCCGCGGACGGACAACGUCGCGCGCGCUCGUCGCCCGCGUUCUUCACCACGCACGGUAAAUACCCGACGAUAAUUGACACUAAUCCGUACCCGCAGUCGCGUCGUCGACCGCAAACGACCGCAGCUAUUCAUAAAAUGCUAAUGGACGCCGAAAUAAAAAACUGUUCCGGCCUGUUGGCUGGCGGAGUGCACCACGCUUCCGCGCACAUGGGCCACACGUACGGAAACCUGAAUCAGAUGGGCAUGUUGGCCGGUAUCGGUUCCGCGGGCGUCGUGCUCGGCGGACCGCAGGGCGGCGGACAGCAGCCGCUCUCGUCGCCACCGCCGUCGCAACAGCAACAGCAACAGUCCGCGCUGCACCAACAGCAGCAGCAGCAGCAGCAGCAACAGCAACAACAGCAGCAACAGCAACAGCAACAACAGCAGCAGCAGCAACACCAUCAGCACAUGCAGGCCGCGCACCACCAUCAUCAGGUGGGCGGGCACGUCGUCGGCGGUCAGCUGCAGUUGCCGUCGCCGAACAACAACAACUCGUCGUCGGCCAACAAGAACCAGAACGUGGACCGCGUCAAGCGGCCAAUGAACGCGUUCAUGGUGUGGUCCCGCGGACAGCGCCGCAAGAUGGCACAGGAGAACCCGAAGAUGCACAACUCGGAGAUCAGCAAGCGGCUGGGCAGCGAGUGGAAAAUGCUGACCGAGACCGAGAAACGGCCGUUCAUCGACGAGGCCAAGCGGUUGCGCGCCGUGCACAUGAAGGAACAUCCGGACUACAAGUACCGGCCAAGGCGCAAGACCAAGACGCUGAUGAAGAAGGAAAAGUACCCGUUGCCGGGCGCGGGCGGCCCGCUGUCUCUGGGCGGUGCCGGCGGACAGCCGUGCGACAACUCGGUGGGCGGCCGGAACGCCGUGUCCCAGGCGUCGGCCGCUGUCCAGCAGCAGAUGGUCAGCAACAGCCGCGAGCUGUACCACCAGAUGAACGGUUACAUGCCCAACGGCGGGUUCGGCAUGCACCACGACCCGAAUCCGUACGCGCAACAGCCGUCGCCGUACGCGUCGCACAUGGCCGCCGCUUCACAGGCCGCCGCGAGUUACCGGUACGACAUGCCGCAGAUGAACAACAACGCGGCCGCCGCCGCGUCCAUGCACUACUUGAACGGCAGCUACAACCUGUACUCGGACAUGAACCAGUACCAGCAGGGGCCGCCGUCCACGUCGCACAGCCCGGACAGCAUCAAGUCCGAGAGGAUCUCGCCGCCCGUCCAGUCGGGCGGACAUUCGCCGAGUCCCAGGCUGUGCCAGCAACAACAGUUGCACCAGCAACAGCAGCAGCAGCAGCAACAACAACAGCAACAGCUGGGAGGCAACGAUCUGCUCCGCAUGUACAUGCCGCUCGAGUCCAGGCUGUCUGCGGCCGCCCAGGGACACCAACAGCCCGGCGUCCACGGCCACCCAUACCUGUCGCAUGGCCAGCAGCAGAACCUCGUGCAGCAGACCCAUCCGCACUCCAUGUCGCCCGAUCUCCAGAUGGGCCACUUGGGCCAUCACAUGUAAACGACAAUGGUCCGCCAGCCAAUCGACAAGUCGCCACCGCCGCCGCCGCCGCCGCAGUUUCCUCCUCAUCGCCGUCGACACCGUUCACCUCAACGUCCGCGAGCGCCGCUCUCAGAGGACAGCGCCGCGCACUCUACGCGUGUCAUGUAAGC